GUUCUCUUUAUAGUUUUGAAUGCCCGCUAUCGCGUUGACAGGAAUCGGCAUCGCUUCCUCCGCCAAUUUCUACAUCAAUGGCUAAGGACAAAGACAGCAAAUUCCAUUCUUGCAGUGCCUGUGCUGUGCUGCAAACUUGCAAAGCAACCCCAAAACCCUCAACCUCAACUCUCCUGGGAGGCGUGCGAAGCAUGGUGGAAGAGUCACAAAGAAGAUCUGUCAACAACGGCAAAACUAGUCCAUCCUUCAAUAUCUUAAAAACUCGACGACUUCUUUUUCAGAGCGUGAUCUGCAUGCACUAGCAUUCUCAAUAUCUUGCUGCUCCGGAUACAUACAGAAUCUUGAUCAAAUGCACAGGCACAGCCAUGUCAAUCACUGUCACCCACACCUGAAAAAGAGACCUUCUGAUAAUUCACUCACAGGCACAGCCAUGUCAAUCACUGAAACUCACACCAAAAACGCAUCCUGAAACUCAUUCUGCAUUUUCACUCUUCUAAUUACCUAAUUCUCUUCUCCUUCCUCUAUCUUCUAGAAGCUUGUCCGAUAAAGAUUAUGAUCCUCGAAAUUGGAGUCGUUCGAUCAACUCUGAAUUCGAUGACGAUAACGACGACGAACAGGGGGGGUGGGGUUAGGAGUUUGGAUCUGCUGGUUAAGUUUGUUUCAAAUGUGUUCAAGAAGGUAUCGAAACGUGCUAGAAAGGCCGUCCGAUCGGUUUUGCCCGUUCCUUUAUCCACUAAACUGGUGGAGUUUUCGGUGAAUGAAGUUUUAUUGCUGGCGUUUUUGUGGGUUCUGAAAGCUUUUCUCGAGGCAAUACUUGGUGGUUUUGCACCCUUGGAAGUGUGGUGCUUGCAAGCAUCUUACUUAGGCACCGAAGAAUGA